UAAGAAGUGAGAGGAUAGUAUCCUUAUAGGUGUGGCCAUCAGCAAUAAAAGCUGUUGCCAUCCCAGCUCUCAAAGUUUUGGCACCUUUCUGUUUGAUCAGCUGUCGUCAACUAGGGAACGUUGUAGGUACGAGGAAUCUGAAUUAUCUCACUCAAACCUCAGCAGUUUCAUCAACUCAGUUAUUCGGAGAAGACAGGAAUAAAGAAACUCAACAAUUCAAUCAUGAGCAAGGAAGAGACAAACCCUAUUGGCAAGGGGAGGAGGGCGAGACGAGAUCCCUUGCCAGCAAGCCCUGCCCCUUCCAAGCGGCAAAAGAUGGAAACCCACGGUGAUGAACCAGGACCCAGCCGAGCACCAGCCACGCAGCCAGGAGGUUUGCAACCACCCCCACCUGGCAAGAUUUUUAAUGAUCCCAUCCAUGGCCACAUUGAGCUGCACCCACUUCUGGUCAAAAUCAUCGACACACCACAAUUCCAGAGACUACGAAAUAUCAAGCAGCUUGGUGGAGCCUAUUUUGUUUACCCUGGAGCAUCCCACAACCGCUUCGAACACUCAAUUGGGGUGGCACACUUGGCAGGAGAGCUGGUCAAAGCCCUAAAGUCAAGGCAGCCAGAGCUCGACAUCACUGACAGAGACGUCCUCUGUGUGCAGAUUGCAGGUCUUUGCCAUGAUCUGGGACAUGGACCCUUUUCUCAUCUGUAUGACCAGAUGUUUAUCCCAGAGGCCGCUAGGAGACAGGAUCCAACUAAAAAAACUAAAUGGAAGCAUGAGAAAGCCUCUAUUGACAUGUUUAAGUACAUGGUGGAAAAAAAUCCUCUGAAGUCUGAGAUGGAAAAAUAUGGACUGGAACUGGAAGAAGACUUGGUCUUUAUUGAAGAGCUCAUCGAUGGAGACAUGACACUUAAAACCUCUGAUCUGAAUGCUGAUCGAAAAGUGAAGAAGCCCUUCCUCUACGAAAUUGUGGCAAACAAGCUGAAUGGGAUCGAUGUGGACAAGUUUGACUACUUUGCCAGGGACUGUCACCACCUUGGGAUCCAGAAAAACUUUGACCAUCUGCGUUUCAUCAUGUUUGCCAGAGUGUGUCAUUGUAAGAAGGAUGGCAAGAAACACAUCUGUUCCAGAGACAAGGAAGUGGGAAAUCUGUAUGACCUGUUCCACAUGAGGCAUUGUCUCCACAGACGAGCUUACCAACACAAAGUGAACAAGAAUAUCGAAAUAAUGAUCUGCGAUGCCCUCUUAAAAGCAGAUAAAUCCAUCAAAAUCCAAGGCUCAGAUGGGAAGAUGUUCUCUCUCUCUGAAGCCAAAGAUGACAUGGAGGCUUACACCCAGCUGACAGAUGAAGUCUUGGCCAAAAUACAACAUCAUUGUUCUUGUCCCACCUCGUCCUCUAUGGAGAUGAAAGAGGCAGGACAAAUUAUACAGAGGAUCAUCUCUCGAGACCUGUAUACAUUUGUGGGUGAGGCUAAGAAAAUAGAAAAACCAGAAGAGCAGAUGAAGCGGGAAAUACCAGAGGAGACAAUUGAGAGUCUCAAAGAUGAACUGGCUAAGAUCCCUAAAGGUCCGACGGUGUAUGAUUACUGGAAAGUACUGGAGACAAUUAAGAGUAUCAAAGAUGAACUGGCUAAGUUGAUCCCUCAACAUCAGGAGGUGCAGGACUGUUUGAAAGUACGGGAGACAAUUAAGAGUCUCAAAGAUGAACUGGCUGGGUUGAUCCCUAAAGGUCAGAAGGUGGAUGACUACUUCAAAAUAGUGGAGAAAAUUAAGAGUGUCACACUGGUUGAUUUGAUCCCUGAAGAUCCGAGGAUGCUUGACUUGAAAGUACUGGAAACAAUUAAGAGUUUCAAAUAUGAACUGGAUAAGUUGAUCCGUGAAGAUCAUAAGAUGCGUGAUGACUUGAAAGUACUGGAGACAAUUAACAGUCUCCAGUAUGAACUGGCGUUGAUCUUUGAAUAUCAUGAGAUGCGUGAUGACUUGAAAGUACUGGAGACAAUUAAGAAUUUCAAAGAGGAACGGGCUGAGUUGAUCGUUGACUAUCAGAAGAAGCGUGAUGACUUGAAAGUACUGGAGAAAAUUGAGAGUCUCAAAAAGAAACUGGAGUCGAUCCUUGAGAAUCAAAAGAUGCGUGGUGAUUCGAAAGUACUGGGGAAAAUUAAUAGCCUCAAAGAUGAACUGGAUAAAUUGAUCCUUGAGAAUCAGAAGAUGCAGGAUUACUUGAAAGUACUGCCCAAAAUUAAAAGUAUCAAACAGGAACUGGCUAAGUUGAUCCCUGAAGGUCAGAAGCUGCGUGGUUACUUGAAAAAACUGAUGGAAAAAAAACUAGAAGAGCAGACAGAGGCGGAAAUACCAGAGGAGAAAAUUAAGAGUCUCAAAGAUCAACUGGAGUGGGUCUUUAAAGAUCAGAAGGCACAUGAUUACUUUGAAGUAAUUCCCGUCACUUUGGACUAUGGGAUGAAUGUCGAGGAUCCAAUCAAACAUACCUACUUCUACAAAAAGACUGAACCGACUGGAAAGAAAAUCCCCAAGGACCAGGUGUCCAGUCUUCUGCCAGAGCACUUUUUUGAGCAGAUCAUCAGGGUUUACUGGAAGAACAAGGACGAGGAUAAAUAUCAGGAAGCAAAAAGGCGCUUUAAAUCCUGGUGCAAAGAAAAAGGCUUUCAGAUGAAAGGUGAAUUACCGCAGGAGACAUCAGAGACCAGUGAAGGUGAUUGAUGAACAGAAGAAAGGGAAUGAUAAAAGACACAAAACCUGCAAAUAUACCUAGAUUUGAAAUUGUUAUGACACUAUUAACUAUCAGUACUGAUAACUUCAGUUUUCUUGUUUUAUUUGGGUAUCAUUCAAGGUUAAGUUUCCAUAUGAGUGUGGCAUGUUGUGAAAUACUGAGUCAUUUAAGGAAAGUAUUUUAGCUACAUUUUGGUGUUUUAUGGCUUUUGGUUUUAAUGUUACAUAUUUAAUGUAUUCUCCUGAGAUAUUUAGGGUUUGUUUUUUUAACUGAUUUAUUUAGGUGAUUUGAUUUUGAAUGUUUUUGCAUUUAUAAAUGUUUUUUGGGAAAGAUUGAAAAUUAAUCAAUAUGAAAUAUGAACUUAAUUAAAAAUGGGCAAUGAUAUGUUAGUAUAGUUACGCCUCAUAUAAAUGUCCAUGCAGUCACUAAAUUAUGGUAUUUGUCUUAAUAGUUGUUGAUAAGAUAAAUUAUCGGGGGGUCUGCUAAAGGACACUUUACAAAUGUCAAUCAGAUUUUGACUCAAUAACAAAG